UUGACAUUUAUAACCUUAAAAUUGUUUCGCAUCCAACUAAAUCAGGAUGAUGAAUUAAAAGAUGUACAAGUUACUGGUUCUAAUUGUAAUCUUCGUAGGUAUAACAGUUAGCGAGUCAUGCUUCAAAUUGGAUGCAUCGAUAAGCCAGAAAAUAGAGAAUGAAGGUUUUCACAGGAAAAUCUUAUGGUUAUUUGAAUUGUUAGCACCAAAGAAAGAAGUGUGGGAUGAAUCAGGAUGCACCCUAUCACUUCUAUUCCAAGCCAAUCCAGGAAUGUAUGUUUAUCCAGAUGAAAUAUAUGAUUUGAACAAGAAGGAAAAUGUUUCCAUUUAUGUUGUGGGUGAUGUGAACAUUGAAACACCAGCACAUGAAUCUACAUCGCACAAGGCUUUUGUUUUCAUAGACAACAAUAAUUUGGGGAAGAUCUCUUUGCAGUUGCCAAUACAUCUUAGAUAUCAAAGGGCCCAAAUCACUGGGGGAUAUGGCAAAGUGUACUUAAGAAGACCUACAUUACUUGCUAAGUGUCCAAAGGAUGGCAUUGAGAUUUGUGGUAAUAGUAAGAGAAUUAAUGGACCAUGCAAUGUGAGUGGUGUGGAAACUUGCUCAUGGAAAAAUGUUACUUAUCAAGCAUUAUUUGAAGAUGUUGAACUUCUGGUUCCUAUUGGUGAUUUAGAUGAUUAUCCAAUAGUGGCUAUAUUUACAUUGAUGCUGGGAUGUGCAGGAUGCAUUUAUAUGCUAUCAAUUUUAUCAACAGCUUCCUUGUAAUUAACAAAAUGAGUUUGAUCAUGUACUGCCAAAAUGUUCUAGUCUGCAAUACAUAUUUAAAAAUAAAUAAAACUUGAAA